UUCUUUUCUAAGCAAAAAACCUUCAUAACCUUCAGCUUCUGCUCAUUUUUCCCCCAAUUCGGAUCUCUCUCUUCUCUCUCUCUCAAUCGCUCACUAUGUCUGCUCUUCUCACCAACGAUCUUAACGAACUUUCCCUCAAGCCCCAGAUUCAGAGUGAAACAGGAAGUGAAUGUGAAGAGGAGAUUCGUGGGGUGGAAGGAGGUGGCGGGAACCAUGUUCAUCGUGAAGGUCUGUGCGCCAUUUGCUUGGACAAGAUUCUGCUUCAGGAUACUGCUCUUGUAAAAGGUUGCGAGCAUGCAUACUGCGUGACGUGCAUCCUUCGCUGGGCUACUUACAGAGAGAGAGUUACCUGCCCUCAGUGUAAACAUCCAUUCGACUUCCUCUUUGUCCAUCGCUCGCUUGAUGGCAGCAUCCAGGACUACAUGUUCGAGGAGAGUGUUUGCCUACUACUUAGGGCUGCAUGGUUUCAACCUCUGAAGGUCGAAAAUCACGUGGAGCAUGAAGAUGCCUACGAUCCUAUUGAAGAUUUUUAUCAAUAUCAAUAUGAUUAUGAGUAUGAUGACGAGGAUGAUGAUGAUCUAGAUGAAGUUUACUAUGGUAGCUCAUCAAGUCUUCGCAUUGGUAACCGGAGAUGGGGAGACAAUGGUUAUGUCAGAUCUGGGCGGCUCGAAGCAAGGCCAGUCCCGCGAUCAAACUUCCAGGAUCCAGGAGGCGCAAGUUCAUCAUCUCGCCAGCCAAAAAAGAAAGAGGCAGCUGAAAAAGUCGCAACAGGUAGACGGGCUAAAAGGGCAUUGAAGCGGGAGGCUGCUGAUAAGGCAGCAGCGGCAAAGCAUCAGCAGCAUCUAGUGAGGUUGGGCAGGAAGUAGUGCAAUACUUAUGCUGAAGUCAUACCAAAUCAAGCCGGGCCUUGAGCACUCCCCUUUGCUUAAGAAAAAAAAAAAAGUAUUUUUUACUUAAUUUUUUUUUUCAAUCUUGUACAGUGUUUAUUCAUUGAACCUAGUGUACUAUAAUAUGGGGGAUAAAAAUGAUAGACAAUAAUGUGGCUUGGUAUGUUGUUAGUAGUUCCGUGGGUUUAGGUGGAGAUGGAACUCCUCAUACACUCUCUUAGGAUUGAACAAUUUAGGUUUAUAAUCAAUUGACUUACCCUAAAUGCAGAUUUUAAAAGUUGUACAUAAUUCUUUGUCAUGAUUCAUGACUCUAUAUAGGGUUAUUCAUUUUAAAA